AUGGCCAAGCAAGCAAGACGGAUCUGGCCGGCAGGGUUCUGCCCGCUUCAACACAAGAAGAGGCACCAAGCAGUCAAUGCAAACCCACCAUUUGGGUGCGAGUAG